AUGGGGAACUUUAAUAUGCUUCCAGAAGAGAUCAUGUUAGAAAUUUUGUCUCGUGUACCAGCUGAAUCUAUUCUUGAGUGUAAAUCGGUAUCUAAACCAUGGAGGAAUCUGGUUCAACAUCUAUCCUUCUCACAGAUGCACGUAAAUCAUCAUCUCAGUGGUUUUGAUUCUGCAGGUUCAGUUAAUGGUUUAGUUUGUUUCAGUACAUACCUUGAUGGUUUCUACAAGCAGUCUGCUUAUAUCUGUAAUCCAAUAACCAGAGAAUAUAUUGUCCUUCCAAAUUUCGAAAGAAAACAAUUGUUAUAUGGAUUUGGAUGCACUCCUUCAACCAAAGAGUACAAAGUUGUUAGAAUUCCUUAUUCCAGGAGAGACCUAAAUUAUGGAAUUACUCAGCGGUUGCAAGUAUGCGAGGAAGCAUCAUCUAUCGGCUUAUUUUUGGAGCGUGCAACAGCACGCAAGGAUGGAAAAUGUUGGCAAAGUGGUUGA